UGGUCGCUCUGUAAACCGACACCUGCUAGACAUAUUUAACAGCUCUGCUCUAGUCAAGAAGGGGAUGAAGCAAAAUCAGAGCGCAACCAAGCAGCCUACCGUGUCACUGCGAGUUGACAUGUCAGACUAUGAAGUGUCAGUGCAGCAGCUCAAUGAUCUGUGUGCCAACGUUGACGGUUACUACAGCAUGCCAACACACCAUGUCGACGAGGUGUUCCCCAGGAUAUAUGUUGGAAAUGCUAUUGUGGCCAUGAACACGAUGCGUCUGAAGAAGCUAGGCAUCACCCACAUUCUGAAUGCAGCGGAAGGCAACUCCUUCAUGCACGUUAACACCAAUGCGGAGUUCUACGCUGGCACAGGCAUCACUUACCACGGCAUGGGCGCCAGUGACACAGACCACUUUGACCUCAGCAUCUACUUCGAGGAGGGGGCGAACUUCAUCGAGAAGGCCUUGGCACACAAUGAUGGGAAGGGUAAAGUGUACGUUCACUGCAGAGAGGGCUACAGCCGCUCCCCAACACUGGUCAUCGCCUACCUGAUGCUGCGCCACAGGAUGGACAUUCGGUCCGCCCUGUCCAUGGUACGACAGAAGAGAGAGAUCGGCCCUAACGAUGGCUUCCUGCGCCAGCUGUGUCGCCUCAACGAAACUCUGACGGCCGAAGGAAAGUUCUGGAACCAAUGACGGUUUUCUUCCCCCUGUACUCGUACCUUACAAGUAUGUACAGAUAAACAGCCACGUGAAAGAGUGUAGGUAUUCAGGACACCUGGAAAGUAUGUACCUGUAAAUGUACACAGAUACGCACAUUCACUGACUGCCAUCCUUGACUUGUAGGCUGGCUCAAGCAUGGCUUGUCCUUUGAUUUAAAUUCAGAAAGACACUGUAUUCAAGUGAAAGGGAAUACUUAGUCAGUUGUAAAACUGAAUGCAUUCAACUGAAAUGUGUAUUCUGCAUUUAACCCAACCCCUCUCAAUCAGGGAGGAACCCUCACACUCAGGAACAAUCCCUACAACUCCCCCUCUGGCUCUCCAUCCAAUUCCUUCCUUCCUUCACACUGCCAGUCUUUUCUAGCCUCUGUGCUGUGGAGCUUGCAUCUACUCGUCAAGGUGAUUUCCAGAGAACCAUUGAAUGGUUAUGUUAUCAGGUUUACUUUUCCUCCUGCUCCAUUUGA